CGGCGGCACAGCCUCACACAAUUAGUUGAGUUAUACAUGAGAGUGAAACAAAACUACGCGCUGCAAGUGUUCGAUGAGCUGAGAUACCUAGGCGGCGGAAAAUAUCAGCUAACGAUUGGAAGUUAUGACCUGACCCGUUUAUUGACUCUAAUGACUUUCUGAGAGCCUAAGCGCCUAAUACAACGUGCUGAUGCGGGCUUGGUUGCAUCGAACGUGGUAGGAGCUCGUGGGCGUCUAUUGAUCAUGCCAACCAAGGCAUAUAAGGAGGGUUCUUUUCGCCCUUCCAAUAUUGUGUUUUCCAAGCAACUCCAUGAUUCAAUCUAUCUUCUGAUACCAACAAAACCUUCAAUACUGCCAGCCAACUUACCUGCAACUUAUCACUUCUCCAUUCUACUUAUCCGCCGAUCACAAUGCAUCAAAGAACGUAUACAUACGUCCUCGCGCCUAGAUGGGACUUCCGUCCCGAUGGCCCCAUUGCCCUUGGAAAUAUCAUCGUCGAUCCAUUUAGACCGCACCGGGUCCUAACAAGACCCGACCCAGACAUCCCGACCGCUCCCAUCGAAACAGUGGUCGAAACCGACUGGUCGCUACAUCACCAAAGGGAGAAUGGUGUUAAAUCAAGCGUCUGGGCCCACUUCCUCAACGCCAUGGGCGUCGAUGUCGGUUUCGAGGGCAGCAGGUCCCUUGAUGCUGACUACACCGUUGACUCCCUGACAACCAGCUAUUUCAGGGACGAGCCCUCCCAUGAAGAGAUCAUUCGACGCACUCAAGAUGGCAAGAUCCGGGAUCUGAUGCGCCUGGACAGUGUGUUUUCCAAACCCGUAUAUAUGAUCACCGGCGUCAAGAUUGCAAAGGGAUUCCGUGUAUCUGAAAGCCGUUCCAGCUCCAAGGAAGCAAAUGCUGGGGCCAAAGCCGGUACAUCGGGAACGGUUAUUGGCGAUGUCACUGUUGGCACAGAUAAUAAGGUCUAUUCGAAGGAGUCUGACAAGCAUCAGGGAAAGACCGAAAAUGAUGUUGUGUUCGCUUUCCAGCUCAUGAAGAUCGUGCCGAAGGGGUGGAAGCACAAGUCCUUCGAUGUGCAGGACUUCUACCCCAAGGCUGCUCUGCUGCUGGGCGAUGAAGAAGAAGAAAUCGAGAACGAGCUCGAUGUGUCUUAUGCCACGGCGGCGGAUUUCGCUGAUUCUGACCUGGAUAUUCAGUUCAAUAUGACUGAGCUAAAUGAUAGCCAGGGUGCGUUCAAAUGUGUUUCUGCCGUGGCGUAAGCUAGGAUGCGCGCAAAUAAAUGGCUCUUGUAUACUUUGUUUUGAUUGGCGUUUCCUCUCUGCUGUUAAUGCGCUUUUCAUUCAUUGAUUCGUCCGUUUAGCCAAUGUCUCUAAAUCUAUUUUACGGUAUAUAAAGUAGAUUACCAAAUAACAUGCAUGUCCGUUACCUUUCA